AUGACUUCUGACGAGGCCUGGGAGAAAAGCCUGAAGAAUACAAGAGACUACCUCGAUAUCAACGAAUGUUUCGUCGAACUGCCGGAUUUCCAGUGGAUUCAAUGGCUGUCGAAUCAGUGGAGUUCAAAGACGACUGUCUACGAGCAUGUCUGCGCAGUUUCCUGCGCGGAAAGCCGUGUGCAGGUGCCGAGCAUCGCCCUAAAAGAUAACGCAUGUGUUUUGUCCGAGAGAACCGGUGAACGACGAUCGAGCAGCGAUCCCAAGACUGGCAGCUAUUUCGAGAACGUCUGCGCACGACCACAAGGUCAGUGUUGUGAUUGCAUGUGA